AUUCUCACAAAGAAAUCUUAACUGAAGUAGAGUAUAGUCUGAAGAAGCCGCCAUUUCAAACCGCGACAGAGGCAAACAAGCCUGGAGGAAUUCUGUACAUUUUUUUUACAAUUAAAAAAAAAAAAACAUUUUCAUUUUCGCAAAAAAUAGGAACGCUUUUCCACUUUUUACUCUACCUCGCGUGCAUCACCAACUAAAGUAAGUCACUCGUCGCUACAUUUUACUGAACGGUUGAACAGCACAGAAACGCCCCUUUUGUGAAUGACCAACAUUUCAAUUCACACCUGAAACAACCGUUUUAAAUACAUAUUUUAUUGAGUAGGUCGCGUUUUUUUUAACUUUUAGAAGCCUAUUUUAACACUACUCACGCAGAGGGAAAUGUUUUGGACUGAAACACGCAUUCUGUUUGCUCUCCUAUGCGGUGUUUAAUCCAGGAAUUAGACGGGCCCCUUUCGGCAUCAUAGAAAGGUAUUGAUGUAGCUAUGCUAAACAUCUGCUCCAGUGUUCUUAACAAUAAUGAAGAGCAUUGUGAGUGAUUCAAGCGCGUUUGUUACAUGGGGUUUUUCUGUUGUUCUUGUUUCAAUAGUUAAGAGCUCUUGCAUCUCUAAACGUCCCUCAGGAAAGGAUAAAAUGUUUCCAUGACGCUCGACGUGCCUGACUCUGCUGGCUUUGUUUGUAGUUACAUUGUGAUACCUCUGAAUGUGUACGUGUUUUAUAUGUGAAUGGACUACUUUAGUGAAGGCAAAAGUAAUGCUCUACAAAACCAUAUAUCCUGUAUUGAUAUGAUGUAAACACAUUGAACUUUCACAGACGAGCCGUAAUGUUAUGAUCACUUGGUCAGUCUUGUGCAACCCAAUAAAACAGCUAUACUGUAAAUCCUGUUGUUACGAAACUGUGGGGAAAAAAUGGAAAAGUAUGAGUGAAAUCUUCCAAUACAACAAACUUCAAUACACAACCACCCACUGUAUCUUAAAUAUUUCAUGCAUUAUAAUGAUAAUUUAGGUGGAUUUUUUUCCAUUGAUUAACUCCAAACACUACAGUCUGCAAAACAAACAGUUUAUCCUACUCUAAGUAGAAUGGCCACAUUAUUGCAUUAUUGUAGGUGUCAACAGAGUCUAAUGAAAAGAAAAACACAACAAAUAGAUAUGACUACAGCAAAUAUGAAAACAUAUAAAGUGGUUAAGCAGAGUUCCUCACAAUAACCUCAUGUUGAUGGUUAAUUUGAUAAAAUGCUCAUACUCCAUGUAUGUUAAAUAAGAGCCUCUUCUUUGUGCCCACAAUCCACUUCACUUCCCACUUCUAUAUCACAGUUAAGUGCUCUUGCACUCAGUUCAGCAGCGCCACAGAUGCCGCAUUUCACAACUGUGUUCUGUGCUGUCAAAUUAUUAAUAGUUUUCCCACUAUAAGUGUGGACUUCUAGUUGUCUAUGCUAAUCCUCAAACUUGUCACCUUUUGUCAGUAUAACACAUGCACACAGCCUGUCACACCCUGUGAUUGAACAAUGCAGAGAAUUCAACAUUCAGGUUUCAUGUUUCAGAGGUAUUCUGAGCAGCAGUUUUUAACCUCCACAGGCUGCCUCAUGAAAACACAAAUAUGUUGAUGGUAUGUGUUUAUUAUCUCAUGAAUAAUCAAAGUUAUAGUUGGAAACAUCUGCUUUUCACUCAACAUUUAAACCAUAAAUCGCUACAAUAAAAGAUUUCACAACCUGCUAAAAUGUUUAAUUUCGUUAACCAAGCUUUAGAUUCUCCAGGGUUUAAUAUUUGAAUAAAAAACAACAUCUGAAACAGAAAUGAAACGGCAAUUUGAAAUACAUCAAAUUGGAUUUGUUGGAUCUGCUAGUGAAUAUAUUUUUUUCUGUAUACUAGAUACAGGGUAUGAAGUUACCAUUUGUUGGAAUCAUGCUUGAUUACCUUAUAGCUGUAGGGGACCUUUGGCUUAUUUCUGCAUGAAUAUAUACCUAAAUGGCAAAGUGCUUCAUUUCUCUGUGUUUCCACAGUUCUAUGUGAAACAUUUUGUAUUUCAGUUUUCUUUACUGAUUCAUUUGUAGGAUAAUGAUGUUGACUUAUAUCAUUAAAUACUCAUAUAUGAAGUAUUCUUAUGCUGUAUAUGAAUUCUGACCUUCAUUUUUGCAGAUGGAUGCAGAAACAGAGGAAAAGAUGACAGAAACUUCAAAAACUUCCAAGGAUGACUCUGAAAAACCAGUCAUGGACAACAAAGCUAGGUUGGUCUGCUGGUUUCUCUACAACAUCUACACAGUGAUAAAUUAAUAUUUCAUGUCAUAGUCAAUGUUAUGAAAGGUGGAAAGAAAGACUGCUAACAGCAGUAGAUGAGCUGUUUUUAUUCUCCAUUUGGGUGUCAUCUUGCUUAUACAGUGGUUCUCAAGUCCAGUCCUCGAGGCCCACUGUCCUGCAUGUUUUGGAUGUUUCCCUGCUCCAGCACACCUGAUUCAAAUGAUCAGCUCGUUAUCAAGCUCUGUAAUGGCUUAAUAACGAGCUAAUCAUUUGAAUCAGGUGUGUUGGAGCAAAGAAACAUCCAAAACAUGCAGGACAGUGGGCCUCGAGGACUGGACUUGAGAACCACUGUGCUAAUAUAUAUCCACAAUUGAGAAGCCAUGGAGAGUUCUGAUUGGUUGAUACAGUGCUCCAGAGGCCACCUCUACAUUGGAUUGAUUUGAUGGUACACUUACUUCAGCUAAGAGUUAAUUCAUCUGAAGUCCUGGCAUGAAAGAUCCCCUUACAGAUGAUCUCCGUCUCCUCAGGGGUCGUGGGUUUAAAGGCCGUGGUAGAGGGGGUCGGAUGAGUCGAGGCGGCAUGCGUGGUGGGCGAGGUAUGAUGAAAGGGUUCGGUCCACCUGGGCUUGAGAGGGGACGUCUGAAACAUGGGCCAAUGAAUGGAUUUGCACCAAUGAGGUACUGAUGCUCAAAUUGAAUAUGAUGUUAAAUGACAGUAUCAAGCAGUACAUAAACACUUUGGUUUUGAAAUUUAUGGCAAAAUCUUUUUCCUUUUUAUUAAAAAAGCAAAAGUGACACAACAGCCCGUGAUAUAUAUGCUGCUCUCCUAUUUAAGAUAUCAUUUGUACUCUGGUAAAUAUCCUGCCUUUGCCUCACAGAGGAAUGAGGAGGAUGCGACCAUACCCAGACCCAAGGGGUCAUCGAGGUAGAGUUGGACCAAUGGGCAUGGGCCCUCCUCCACCCCCUCCACCAGCCCCCAUGCACUUGAGAAGCCCCUUCCCACCGAUGCCAAGGUAACUGAACUGGAUGUGUGUUUGUUGUCCUAGAUCCUCAAAGUGAUCUCACACUUGGUAUUUUUGUAAAGCAAUAGUACUUUUAACCAGUUGAUCCUUUUUGGGGAGCAGUUUGUUGUUUCAAUUUUCUUUUUUGACUUUUUUAAAGAUUGAUAAAAUUGUGUAGUUGCUCUGAUGAGUCUAGAUUUAUUUAUGUGUAUCCCCACUCAUGGUUCCCUGCAUAUAAACAAUCAAACCUUUCAUUUUUGUCCCACUAUAGGCACAGACCCCCUGGACCUCCUCCUCCGGGUCACCUCGGGUUCAGAGGGCGUCCACCACACCCUCGAGGCCGUGGCAUGCCACCCCCUGGACCUCCACGCCAUUUCCAGCCACGCGGCCCUAGAGGGUAAGUGCUUUUUAAAUAUUAAUGUCACGCCGAAGCUUUGCAUGUUUCAAAUUUCCGCACUUUCUUCGCACACUUCUUAGAUUCCUAAAUGGAUUUGGAAUACCUGUGCUAAGCAGUUUAAACAUGCUGACACCAGCUGCAUUCCUUUAAAUCUGUGGUACAAAUACACAGUAAACUGCGAGCCAAAAGACUGAGGGUUGUGACGUAAUUUCCACUCCUCUCUGCCCCUUCCCUCCUAAGCCUCUUUAUAGCCUAACCUCCUUCACUGUGACCUCUAUUGAACACAUUGCUUUCUCUCUUUUUCUAUCAAAGAGAAGGUCUAAUCUAGUUUUUGCCCCCAAUUUUUUUUAGUUGAGCAAAUGUCAAGUCCAAGAUUAAUUCAUAGAUGAAUGUAGGUUACACUUUCUGCUCACAUAUUUGAAGGAAGAUAAUUAAAUAGUGCAUGGAAUAAUGACAUCUCAAAAAAACACAACUGUAUUUUGACGUUCAAAGGUACACUGUCACUGUGUGGGGAUAACGUCCCCUCAUAGACUACUUUAGCUGGCUGCUCUUAUCAGAGUGUGCCCUCUAUUGGCCAAAGCCAAAAAAUCCAAUGUGUGAUUUUAUCCUUUUACACAGCUACCACAAUGGACCAGUCUCUCCUCCGCCUCACCCCCCACCUGGCAGAGGCCAGAGGUGGCCAGGGCCCCCUGGUGGCCGACGCUUUUAACACAGCCUGCCCUAAAAACUAUUAACAAAGCCCUUGUUAAUGUAGUAGGGGCUCAAAAAUGGUGCAGUAAAACGGAGUGCCCCUCAAUUAUGUGUUCGACUAAGUCUCUGAAUAUCUUCAUGGCAUACUCUGUGGCCAAAUGUCUGGUUAUUGAUAUUGUCUACUGGCUAGGAAAUAAUGUGAAAAUAACAACAGAGGAGGCUGAAUGUGAAAGCCAUCCUCACAUUCUGUUACAUAUGUUGAAAUACUGUUGGUACUGUAGGAACUAUUUUACAUGGGUGGGGGAUUUUUUUGUCCAAGUUCUUUAAAUGUUCUGUGGUUCUUGUUAGAGUCACCCUGUGAGCCUUAAAGAUGUUCCUGAUUCUUUAAAAUGAUAGUAAGAAAUGGGUGACGGCAUAUUUGAACGUGUUAAUUAAAAAGAGCAGAACAGCCCUUGAGCACCACUGUCGUAGUUAAGUUCACCUUGGACCUCCCCAGUCUUUCCUUUUGUUACAUGAAAAGACUUUGUAUUAUAACCUCACUAAGCAGUGCUGCAGAUAUUGUUUGACACUUACAUAUUUUUCAAGAGAAAGACACUAUUCCACUUGUCAAGUACUCAUGAGUAUUUAAUUUUAUAUGAUAUAUAUAUAUAUCCUUAAUGUGCAGCUGUUUAAGUUAUGAGUUCUGCUGUUUGGAACUUUCAUGUUUGUCUCCAGCAAUCUUUUGUGUAAUGACAUAAAGGAAAGACAUUAUAGUAUACUGAAAUAUAUAUCUAGUAGCUUUUAUAAAAGAAAGCAAAUUUUAUGAGUAUUUGCUUCAGUUAAGGAUAAGAAAUUACUCUUUACUGUGUUACAUUUGUUUGAAGUGUUAUCAAAACUCCAUUUACUGUAAUUAACAUAAAUUUUGUGAACCUGUGAAUGUGUUUUAUUAUAACCAACAGACAUGACAGAGUCAUGGAGAAAGAAAAUAAAACCAAAAAAAUCAACUCAACUUCUCUUUUUUUGUUCAUUCAUAAACAAGUCUGAGAGUUGUCAUGACAAUUUACCACGAAUCUAUAAUUGGUAAAAGAGAAUGAACUGGAGUAUUGAAACUAGCAUACACAGUAAAACAGAAACGGGCUUUAUUUUAUGUCCACUAGAGUGAACAUCUAAUUCAUGUGAAGACCUGUAAAGACCAGUCUCAGUGAGAGCGGAGGACCAAGAACUCAGUGGAGACUGAACUUUUAUCAGUUAGUCUUGCUGAGGGCUGGAAAAAGUAAAAGGCUUUAAAUAGUGAUCUAUGAAUGUCACUUUUAGUAACAGAGACCUUAAAAAGGAAUUUCACUGUCUCAAGUGUUUUCCCGUUUAUCUUAUCAUGCCAUUAUGUGAUUGGAGGAAUCUACCAACACUUCUAAAGUCACAGUUCAAACUGAGUGGUAGCGUGUCUAAAAGGAGGACAUCAUCUGCAACGGAUAAACACUCUGAUUUAACCGGGACUUCCUCAGUGUUUUGCUCAUAUAAAUAUUUGUGUUGGUCAUUUAGAUUCAAAAGGAGGGGUUUGAAGUCUUUCACUCCUAAGUAUCUUGAUUUAUGUGUAAUUCCAUUCUUUAUAAUUCUUAGUGGUUAAUAUUUCUCAACUUUACAGGAAACAAAAUUUUACGAUGAAGCAGCUGAGAGAAAUAACUAAUCAAAUGGAUGAUUUUGCAAAAUGUAGUGAAUUUCAAACAUGAUGCUAUCGGAGGGAAACUUGAAAGAAGGUGGCAUCAACUUGAUAAUCAGCCUUUAUGGAAGCAUUUUAGGGAUGCACUGCUCAAGUUUUUUUUAUCACUUAUACCUCAACUUAAUACUCCGGUGCCUUUUUAAUAUCAUUUUGAAUAACUUUUACAAGUGUUGAAAGUGUGGACAAGAUUCGGUUCUGGCUUUCACACUGUUUGUUGGCUUAGAUGUGGCUCUGCUUACUCUGUAAAAAAAAAAAAAAAAAAGCCUGUUUUUUAACAAAUAACAAUGGGCCAAUGAUAAUUACAUCAAGUCACAAUAAAGUCACAAACUGUGAAAAAAGUUGUAACCCUCUGGUUGCUACUUCUGCCUCAUGGCCCAUGACCUGCAUGCAUACAGGGAGAGCUUCCUUCUACUUUCAUUGAGCAAAACGGCUGCCUAGCAUGUUGCUGAUGCAUGAGCGAGUAAGAACAUUGAAACUUAAAUACAGCAUUAAAUUAAACAGAUAGAUCAAGGCUUUGCUUUUCUGUUAUCAUAUUUUAACCAGUACCAGAUCGGUGCAUCUCUAACUUUGACCUCAAUGUGGUGCUGAUUUAAGAUCACUGAUUGUAUUUAAACAACAAAACUCUACUGGAAUGCAAAAGACAAUUUAUACAGUCACUGAAUAUCAGUACUGUAUGUUUGAUGUACUGCUUGCACAGAUUUGUUAAUAAAACUUGUCAGUACAAAUGCUCCGCAGAUCAUUCGAACAUGGCUGUUGAUUGUACAGCAAACCCCUUUCAUAGUUUUUCCACAGACAGGUGUUGCUUUCUGUCUCUCCUCUGUCUGUCUUUCUCUACUUCUUCAGCACUCUCCGUACAUUUCGCUGCCUCCUCAGUCCCUGCAGCCCCUUCUUGUUUUGUCCCAUAUUUGGUUGAUUGUAACAGACUGACUGUUGUUGUCUCCUGAAGGGGGGCACACAGUACAGUUAACCUCCCAGGCCCCAGGAACCCAGGUCCUCCUCCCUCACAUCUCUCCCCUCCUUCAUCAGUGGCGUGACAGACACCUGAGGGCCGACACUGCAUUUGGAAAGGUGAGCCUCCUCUUGUGUCUUAAACCCCUGAACCCCUCCCUCUGUGAAUACCUGGAGAUUCUGUCUUUCAGGAUGGAGGUUGCUGAGACACAGAGGACUACAGGUUAGGAAGGUAUGGUACUUGACCUUUUACUAAUGAUGUGUCAAACAAUUACCUCAUGCUUCAGGUCAUGUUUACAAGAAGAGAUAGUAAAUAUGUGGGUAGUGGAAGGGAGCAUUCUGGAAUAUCUUAUUCGAGAUCUAUAAAUUAGGGUAAAUGCACUUGUAAAGGGUGGGAGAAAAAAAAACAAUACAGCAUUGUAUCCCGAUAUUUUGUCUGGUGGUCCCAUCUUCCAAUUUACCAAGUAUCGAUUUUAUCAAAUUAAUUGCUAAUAUAAAGUCAAAUCUAUGAUUAUGGAAAAAUAAAAUCAACUGUUUGUCCAGUGAAGUUGGCAGAGGAGACAUCAUAGAGCAGGAGAAAGUUAGUACAACAAAUAUUGCAGCAGCUGGGGAAAGACAUUAGGAAUGCAAGCACGGCACAAAUGAGAUGGACCUGACACAUAAGGUUCGCAACAUGUGCUAUCUGAAAAUAAAAUACAGUGUAAAUAAGACCAAUAUAAAGGCAAGACAAAUGCUAAAUUAACUAAACAGUUGAAAAAAUGUAUGGAUCACAAUAUUUUGUAUCGCAAUACUCACUGCAUUGAAAAAUGUUAAAAAUCACAAUAGUAUCAUAUCGUGGCUCAAGUAUCGUAAUAAUAUCGUAUCGUGGGGCCACGAGUGAGUCCCACCCCAAAACUCAAUUUACUUCCCCCAAAGCAAGAAAUUUUGACAUGACAAUGUGGAAAGCACAGUUAUGAAUACUGACAAAGGACUGAUUUUAGAUUCUCUGGGUCUUGAUAUAACAAUCAUGUUGUCAUGGUUCACUGGAACACUGAAAUGUACUUGCCAUUUAUUCCAUAGUUCUUUCAAACAAGGUCAAUGUCCUUACAAAUUUCUUAUCCUUGUUUUCUUCUACAUUAGGAUACCACAUUAGUGUUUCUUUAUGAUGCGAACAGAAAAACUCAGCUCAGCAUUUUUGUGGGUUAGCGUGGAUAUUUCAAUGACAUUGAAAUGUCAUACUCAGAGAUUGGUCAUCAGAGAGGAUGGGGAAAUUAUAGCGUAUGAAGUGAUUGUCAGAUUGUUAUUUUAACAAGCAGGAGAAAGGGUGGGGGAGUCCUCAGUUUUCCUUAAACCCAGCAGAGGAGAAGGAACAAGAUGGGCAGUAUUUGCUCUCAGGGCUAUAUGAUAGUGCAGUGGUUAGUGCUGGUGCUUAACUUCGAGAAAUGACCUGUCUCCCUUCCUUGUUUCGACCCUUAAAGAAAACUGAUCAUCUUUGCUGUGCUUCAACAUUUUGUGUACUAACUCUUCAAUAAAAGCAUUUAAGGUAU